CUCCCCCAGCGUUUCCUUGUUAGCCAGCGUCAGUACUAGCCAACACAACAACCCUUCCACUCUCUCCCCUUCCUCUCUUUCGUCCUCCUCCCUCUAUCUUCUCUCUAUUCUGGAAAUAAAAUAACUCCGCACCCAGCCUCUUCCAAAGACAUGGACGAGACGAGUCCUCUUGUCUCUCCGCUCCGGGACUCCGGCGAAUUCAGCUACUGUCCCACAGAGCCCACCAGCCCGCGGGGCGCGUUUGGAGGCACACCGGGGUCUGUAGUUCGCAUCCCUGCGGGCAGUCCGGAGCGCAGCAGGGAGAGACAGCCGCUGUUGGACCGGGAUCGCGGGAGCUCACCGCGGGAGCCUCAUAGGAACGAGUUCCCGGAAGAUCCCGAGUUCAGAGAGAUCAUCAGAAAGGCCGAACGAGCCAUAGAGGAAGGGAUCUACCCGGAGAGGAUCUAUCAGGGGUCCAGUGGAAGCUACUUUGUCAAAGACUCUCAGGGGAAAAUCAUAGGUGUGUUCAAACCCAAAAAUGAAGAGCCCUAUGGCCAGCUGAACCCCAAGUGGACCAAGUGGCUCCAGAAACUAUGUUGUCCCUGCUGCUUUGGUCGAGACUGUUUGGUCCUGAACCAGGGUUACCUCUCAGAGGCCGGGGCCAGCCUGGUCGAUCAGAAACUGGAGCUCAACAUUGUUCCUAGGACUAAGAUGGUGUACCUGGCUAGUGAAACAUUUAAUUACAGUGCCAUAGACAGGGUUAAGUCUCGAGGAAAAAAGCUAGCUCUGGAGAAGGUGCCUAAAGUGGGACAGCGCUUUCACAGAAUUGGAUUACCUCCAAAGGUUGGUUCCUUCCAGCUCUUUGUUGAUGGAUACAAGGAUGCCGAUUUCUGGUUGCGGCGCUUCGAAGCAGAGCCUCUGCCUGAAAAUAACAAUCGUCAGCUCCAGCUGCAGUUUGAGCGACUCGUAGUCCUAGAUUACAUCAUCAGAAACACAGACAGGGGAAACGACAACUGGCUGCUGAAGUACGACUGUCCGAUGGACUCUGUUGGGAGCAGGGACACAGACUGGGUGGUAGUAAAGGAUCCCAUCAUUAAGCUGGCUGCCAUAGACAACGGCCUUGCCUUCCCUCUCAAACACCCCGACUCCUGGAGAGCAUAUCCAUUUUACUGGGCGUGGCUUCCCCAAGCCAAAGUUCCUUUCUCCCAGGAAAUCGGAGAGUUGGUCUUUCCCAAACUCUCUGACCCAAAUUUCAUUAAAGACUUGGAAGAAGAUCUUUAUGAAUUAUUCAAGAAAGACCCUGGUUUUGACAGAGGACAGUUUCACAGACAAGUAGCUGUCAUGAGGGGACAGAUCUUGAACCUGUGCCAAGCCCUGAAGGAUGGUAAGACGCCCCUCCAGCUGGUCCAGAUGCCCCCAGUAAUUGUUGAAACAGCCCGAGCGCCUCAGAGAGCCAACAGUGAGUCCUACACACAGAGUUUCCAGAGCAGAAGACCAUUCUUUACGUGGUGGUAGGAAAGAAGCAGCAAAGACAAAGUGGAGGAACAGCAGGGAGCCGGAGCAGCGGAAGGAGGGAGAUGUGCCAUUGAAAAGCGAUAACAGGUUUUUGUGCUUACAUGGAUAUCUUCGCCACCCUCCCCCCUCUCUCAGUAUGGAUAAUUUGGUUAAAGACAGAGGGUGAACGGGUGGAGAGGUGAGGCCAAGAGGAGGAAGAAUUUCACAACAUUUCUUCCCCGUUUGCCUCUGUGCCUUGUGUGGAAGUCGGUAAAGAAUCAACGAAUAAUGAAGUGUCUGUAGCUUCCUGCAACAAAGCAAGGUGUCAUACUUUGCUGUUGGACUCUUGCGUGCAUAUAACAUUUGCUCACAUGCAUGCACACCAGUCAGAAGCCUCUCAUACUUUUUUUUUGGAUGCAUUCCAUUUUCUUUCCAUUAUACCCAUCUGCCUUUUUUAAUAUUCACUUCCCUGUUCUCUCCCAUACAGUUAAAUUCACAGACAUAGUGAAAGCAUCACAUCCACUACUGGAGCUCUGAGUUUUCGUUAUUAACAAACAUAGGAAGUGUUCAUUGUGGUUGAGUCUUAAAAGAUUCAUGGGAAUACUCCUCUUAACUCCUGCAAGUCAUCCAGACACUUUUGGGAUAAAGAAUCAUUAACAGUUUAAGGUCAGAUAAGUAUGACCUUUUUGUUGUCCCUUCAAACUGAUGACAAUUGUCUGGACUGCCAGCUUGGACGGUGAAGGGUCCACAAGUUCAGGUUGUCUGGACCACAUUGUUUUGUGUUCACCUUACGGCUCGUGUUGGGAUGGACCUCGGUAAACGACAAAGUAACUUCCUGCUGUACUAAACUGACAUGAAAUGUAUUGUGACAAUGCACUGUAUAAUUUGUAUGUAAUAUUUAAUUAUAGAUUAUAAUUAAAACAUACUCAAUUAAGACGUA